GGGUAUAAAACCCGAUAUGGCUUGUGGCUGUCUGCUCAGACCCGGGUAAAGUUACAGCACAGUUGAUCAACGGCUAGUGAAGGGAAGACGGUGCUCCAUCUUUGUUGUGAAACUUUGAGACUGGGAGGCGGUUGUCGGCUUUGACGAUGGCAGGGAAAGACGAAAGAACAAUUCCUCUCUCCUUCUCCUCCUUCGGAGGAUUUUCGGAGGAGUGGAGGAAGAGGAUGGCGGAGCAUCACCGCCAAAUGCUGGAGAGGCUGGAGCGGCCGUUCGGCGGCUUCCCAAUGUCAGACGACUUCGAGAGCCGGAUGUUUUCGAGCCCGGCUAUCUCCUGGUGGCCUGGGUACGGACAGCCACCCCCGGGGCUGGCCAUCUGCCCCCCGGGACCCACCAGCCCGACCCCGGGGAUGCCUAUGUCGCCGUUCCCCUUCCCAGGCCUGCCGCCGAGCCCGGACUCGCGUCUCGAAGUGGACGACAAGAAAUUCAAGGUCAUGGUGGACGUGAACCAGUUCUCUCCGGAGGAAGUCAAAGUGAAGACGGUGGGGAACUACGUGGUAGUUCACGCCAGGCACGAGGAGAAGCAAGACGAGCACGGCUUCAUCCAGAGGGAGUUCACCAGGAAAUACAUGCUGCCAGAGGGAGUCGACCCCGAGAAGGUGACCUCUUCCCUGGCCACAGACGGAGUGCUGACGGUGGAGGCGCCCACACAGAAGGCCCUGGAGCCGGCCGGACCCGAGAGGAGCGUCCCCAUCAAGAAACAAGACAAGCCAGCCGUCGAGGGGAAGAAGUGAUCGAUUCAACAGUAGAUGAAGCAGAUUUCCCCUCUAACCUGUUACCACUAUACGCUAGUUCACAAUUGAAAAAUUGUAAACAAAUGUCUUUUUCAAGAUUAGACAGCGGUCGAGGGGAAGAAGUGAUCUUUUGGACUGUCACAGUGUCAAUGAAACAGAUUCCUCCUUCUAACCUGUUACCACUAUAAGCUAGUUCACCAUUGAAAAAUUGUAAACAAAUGUCUUUUUUUAUGACAAGCCAGCGGUCGAGGGGAAGAAGUGAUCUUUUGGACUGUCGAUGAAACAGAUUCCUUCUUCUAACAUGUUACCACUAUAAGCUAGAUCACAGUUGAAAAUUGUUAACAAAUGUUUUUUUCAAGACAAGCCAGCGGUCGAGGAGAAGAAGUGAUCUUUUGGACUGUCAAAGAAACGGAUUCCUUCUUCUAACAUGUUACCACUAUAAGCUAGUUCACAAUGGAAAUAUUGCAAACAAAUGUCUUUUUUUUAUGACAAGCCAGCGGUCGAGGGGAAGAAGUGAUCUUUUGGGCUGUCAAUGAAACGGAUUCCUUCUUCUAACGUGUUACCACUAUAAGCUAGUUCACUGUUGAAAAAUUGUAAACAAAUGUCUUUUUUUAUGACAAGCCAGCGGUCGAGGGGAAGAAGUGAUCUUUUGGACUGUCAAUGAAACGGAUUCCUUCUUCUAACGUGUUACCACUGUAAGCUAGUUCACUGUUGAAAAAUUGUAAACAAAUGUCUUUUUUUAUGACAAGCCAGCGGUCGAGGAGAAGAAGUGAUCUUUUGGGCUGUCAAUGAAACGGAUUCCUUCUUCUAACGUGUUACCACUAUAAGCUAGUUCACUGUUGAAAAAUUGUAAACAAAUGUCUUUUUUUAUGACAAGCCAGCGGUCGAGGGGAAGAAGUGAUCUUUUGGACUGUCAAUGAAACGGAUUCCUUCUUCUAACAUGUUACCACUAUAAGCUAGUUCACAGUUGAAAAUUGUAAACAAAUGUUUUUUUCAAGACAAGCCAGCGGUCGAGGGGAAGAAGUGAUCU